UUUCCUUUGAAUGGCAGCCCCGAGCUUUAUAACGGCUGGAGCGGCCCGGGCGCCAGCUCCUCGUCUCCAGUUUAGCUACUGCCCGGGGGGAACCCCCGAACCGAGUCUUCAGGCGCCCACAGCUGCGGACGGACGCCGCCUUCCAAAGAAGAGAAAGCGCCAUGAGGAGCCUGCGCUGGCCUUCCCUCCUCGUUCUGCUGCUCACAGCGGGGGACUCUGCGGUCAUCACUGGGGCUUGUGACAGAGAUCUGCAGUGUGGUGGAGGUAUGUGCUGUGCCAUUAGUCUCUGGAUCCGAAGUCUUCGAAUGUGUACACCAAUGGGCAGCUUGGGAGAAGACUGUCAUCCUUUGAGUCACAAAGUUCCAUUUGGGGGGAAGAGAAUACAUCACACCUGUCCAUGUCUACCUGACUUGGCCUGUGUCUGGAUUUCCCCUAGCAAAUACAAAUGUUUACCAGAUUUCAAAAAUGAAGUAUUUUUGUAGCAAAAUUCAUUGUGAAUAUUUCUGUGCUAAUUUAUGUAUUGAGGUCCUUAAUUGUUAUUGUGAAUAACUUAUUUGCCAGAGAAUAUUUGUAACAUAAUUUCUCAACUAACAGAUCUUAACACUAUUGAGAUACUGGCCUGUA